GCUUCAGGAGAGCAUCCUCCUCUGCUUUCGCUCACGCCUUCCAGCUCCCGGCAUGCCGCGCGCGAGGCGUCCCUAUUUGCGCGGUGCACGCCGGGGGCUGUAGUUCUUAUGUGCUAAGGGAAGCGGAGCGGCGGCAAGUCAAGUCGAGGCAGGGCGGCUUCUUUUUCCCCAUCCGAAGCUUGUUGUACAAGUCUCCGCGGUCCUUUUCCGCUACCGCCGGGCUGAGGAGGCCGACGACGACAGCAGCGGAGGAGGCACAAUGGCGCGGCAGGGCAGCCGAGGGGGCGCCGAAAGCAAAAAAAUGAGUUCGGAGCUCUUCACACUGACCUAUGGGGCUCUGGUCACACAGCUGUGUAAGGACUAUGAGAAUGAUGAAGAUGUCAACAAGCAGCUUGACAAAAUGGGAUACAACAUAGGCGUUCGUCUCGUUGAAGACUUCCUGGCCAGAUCCAAUGUAGGCAGAUGCCACGACUUUCGAGAAACUGCAGAUGUAAUAGCAAAGGUGGCAUUUAAAAUGUACUUGGGCAUCACUCCGAGCAUCACAAACUGGAGUCCAGCAGGUGAUGAAUUCUCCCUUAUCCUGGAAAACAAUCCGCUGGUGGAUUUUGUGGAGCUUCCUGACAACCAUUCAUUGCUCAUUUAUUCCAAUCUCUUGUGUGGGGUGCUGCGAGGAGCCUUGGAAAUGGUUCAGAUGGCCGUGGAUGUCAAAUUUGUCCAAGACACAUUGAAAGGGGAUGGAGUCACAGAAAUAAGGAUGAAAUUUAUCAGGCGGAUUGAAGACAAUCUCCCUGUGGGAGAGGAGUGAAUCCCAGAGCAUCCUCCAUACUGAACUGUGAGAAGAUAAGCCAGCUUCACCUGGGAUUUGCUGGCAUAUAGUGCUCUGUGUACUUUCAGAUGCUCUGACUGGUUAAUUAAGAUGUUCUCCUUUAUUUCCUCAGAAAACAACUGUUUGAAUUCUGCAUUGUUUCCACAGAUUUGUAUUAAAGGCCCUUUUAGGGUGUAGGACACUUUUCAUACUCAUCAGAAACAUAAACGCCCAUUUCUAGUUUCCAUGUUUGGCUCCAUGCAACUAUACAGGAUAUCACUACUAUGAACCUUGCUACCAGAAUCAGAUCCCAGCCACAGCUAACCAUUCUUGUCUUGCAGCAUAUGAGGAGCAUCAGCUUUGCUCCCCAACCCUUUCCUGCCAAAAAGGAUGGGAGCCAGGACCUUUAUUUAUCUGUGGGAAGCAGAUAGCCAUUUCUUGAUAGCAUAGAACGCAGCAUGUAAUUUGAAAGAAAUUGGGGUUCCUAGUGGAUCAAGUUCUGUCUUUACUGAUUUUACAUUUUACAUUUACUGAUCAGUAAGUAAAAAAUAUUUAAAUAACAUCUCUCACAAAACAAGAGCCAUGUCCAUUUCAACAGUCCUAGUGGUAUGUACUCCUUUGGUGAGCAAACCCCAGUGCCAGGCGAUAGUGCUUCUUAAAGGAAAGGGAGGGGUACAGUCACAACCCUUUCUAGUCCAUUGGAGACACUGAAGGAGAUUUUGGCCAUAGCAUCCUGUUUUAGCUGAGCAGGACAGAAUCUGAAUUGCCUGGAUGCUUUCAUCAUCCUUGUCUUCCUAGUCAUGUGAAUGGCUAGGCUAAGGUUGCAACACACCAGGAACAUGCAGUACUCAAGGUUUUCAAUAUUUAAAUAGUGUUGGGAAAAAAGCUUCCAGGUUAUAAUAAUCCCAGAGUUCCUUCCUUGUAGCAGGCUUAAUAUGUAUAUAAUUAACUAACAAGUAGGUAAAUGCAAGCUUGCAUUCUGAAAGAUCCUAUCAGGCAGGGCUUCUGAGGUAUUGCAGUCAGGUUAUAUAAUAAGUCAGUGGUGGAAGAUCAAACAUGUCUGUGGCUCUCCCCACUUCCUUUGGUCCCUUGGGAGCCAAGAGCUCUCUUUAUGAAAGGUUGUGGAAAAGUUGGAUGGACAAUCUUAUGUGUAUAGAUCAACAUGCUAAGGUUUCUGUGUACUGGAUCACUGUAAGGAGAUAGGAGAACACUAGGAUUUUUUUAAUAGGGAAAAAUGAAUGACAAAGGGCAUUCGGGAAUUACUUUGGCCCUUGUUUCAAGGCAGGGGAUAUAUUUGGAUGGGAUAUCCCAUCUGUAUACACAAUGAGACUCUAUUAACUUCCCAUAGGGCAAGAUAAUUGCCAUGUUGCCACUAAAAACGUAGGAUUUGAAUUGAGUGUCCUAUGGAGAACUUGUAAGUUAAAAAUAGAAACGUCUACCUUCCUAGAAGAGGUAUAAUAUACCCAUAGUAAUUCCUGCCAUUUGGAAUAAUGGAAUGUAUUUGGCACAAAUUGACACUUUGUCCUCUGCAGCAUGAAGAAUUCUGAGUGCAAAAUUGUAAGAGACGUUAAUUGGAGGUGUGUAGAGAAAGGGUUUUAGGAUUUGUGUACACAGCAUGUGGGCAGCAUCUUAAAAAAUGCAGGCUACAGCUGUAAUGAGGCAGUGCCUCAAUCUUGGGAAAUGUCCUGUGGAAGAAUGAAGUGGCUUACUUAGCAUAUGGGAGAAUGGGACUUGAGUUGCUCUGUUUCCAGGAUAGUGAGGCCUUUUCUCAGUGGCCUGUCCUAGGCCUUUUCUGUGAUUUCCCCUCUCCCCUGAAUCUGGCUCUAGGAUUCUUUUGCCACAUUUGCUGUGUUUAGUUGCAAAGAAAGUAGAGAAACAAGCUUUUCCUGCAUUUUGAGAAAUGCCUAUCAAAUGUUGGUCCACCUAGCGUUAAAAUCCUAUGUCUUAUUUCAGUGAAAACUCUCUCUAUUCUCGUCUCUGAAGAAUUCAUUCCUACAGUUAGAGGAAGAGUCCAACACCUCAAAUCCCUUCCUUAAUGCUUUAAAAACAGAGCUGCACUGAGUGAUAGCUGAUGGGUGAAUGGGUAUUAAGUGUAUAUAAAACGUUUUUGUUGUAUAAAUAGUCAUCCAUGUGUAUUCUAUUUGUAAAGCUUUUGAAGGCAA